AUGCGUGUGCGUCCGUCCGACCUUAUGUGCACCGACCUCCGCUCCCGUGUGCCCGCCUCGCUCGGCUGCUUCUCGGGGCAGCUCUGGGCAAAAGCGGUCCAGCCAGCUUGUCUCUCCAGCCUGAAGUUACCCUCUGCAUUCAGGAACACGAAGGAUGGGUCCGACCCGGGCCCUGCUGCGCGGACACCAGGAGCCAGGAGGGUGAGGUAUAGCUUAUACACUUGGAAGCAUACAGGUCCGUGUCACAGCUCAGCGAGAGCCGGAGGAUUCACGCGGCCGCCCUGUGCUAAGGAACAGGUGGGCCUGGGCCGCAUUUUGCCUGUGAGUCACAGUUUGCCAGCGCCUGGUCUGGACCCGGAGGGCACAUUGGAGCGUGGAUUCCCAGGGUCCACCCCAGAGUUUCUGAGUCCGGCAGUCUGGCAAGUUUGCGUUUCCAGGUUCCAGCCGCUGUCGCCCUCCUGCCGGACCUGCAGCAGCUCUCCUGACCCCUCUCGUCUGCCUCUCUCACAGCAGAGUUUGAGGCAUACCAGCCCAGCCCUCUGGGCGCUGGCAGUCACAUUUAGGCUUAAAUCCAGUGCCCUGACCUGGCCCCAUAGCCCCUUAGCCAGCAUCCCUUCUGUCCAACGGCUCGUCUUGCCCUCCUGGGCAUUGUCCAGACUCCCCAAGCUCGUUCCUUCCGGGGCCCUGGCACCUGCCCAGGGUGCUUGCUCCCUGCUUAGGCUCUGCUUGAACACCAGCCCUUCAGAGAGACUGUCCUUUGCCACCCUGCUGGAAAUAGCCCAUCUGUCUCCACUCGCUGUUGUUCCUCACAGAACUUGUCACUCACCACCUGACACCGGAGAAGGGUUGUCUGUGGCUGCCCCUCCCCAGCAGAAGGUAAGGAGACAGGGGCCGGGUCCCCGGGGCCUAGAGAAGCGCCCGGCACAGAGCAGGCACGUGUGCUCGUGUGGCAUAAAUGGUGCAGUAAGAGAACUUUUAGAUGUAGGAAGCUGUAAGCGAAAAUACAACUGAAGCAGGACAGAGAAGGCUGGCAGAACGGGUGAGCUGCCUCAAGACAGCUGGCGUCUGCAAGGGGCGCUGAGUCUACACCCUGGGGGAGAAGCCACUGCUGAGAUACCACCAGCGAAGGCCUGCUUGGGGCCCACACGCGGCUUCCUGGGACUUGCGGUGGCUGGUGGGUUGUUAGGGAAUGGCUUCCCGAGAGUGAAACGUGGCUCAUGCAGGCGGAGAAGGAGCGCGUGUGAAAGAGCUCACUCACCCUUGGGGAGGGCCAGGCAGGCGUUAGGGCCACUCGGGGAGCAGCCCCACGACAGACACACUUAGGAGGCUGGGGGGUGGGCAGUGAUGUGAACUGCCAACAGGCAAAACCGGGCUCUCCAGGGAGGGGCUGAACUGUGUCUCCCCUGAGUUCACAGUGAAGCCCGGACCCCCAGCACCUCAGAAUGUGACUGCACUUGGAGGUGGGACCUUGCACAAGGAGAUUAGGUUCAAACAAGGCCCCUGGUGGGUCCUGAUCCAAUCUGACUGGUGUUGUUAGAAGAUGAGGAAGUUCACAAAAAGAGACAAGCAAAGAGACGCGCGAGCACAGAGGGGCGGCCCCGGAAGAAGCCCUCGCUGCCCACAGCUCCCUGCGCGGCUCCGGCCCCCAAGCCGUGCCUCUGCUGUUCAGGCCCCAGGCUGCAGUACUCCUGUCAGACUAGUAGCGCACCCCCGGGCAGGUUCACUUGCUUGUGUGUAGACAAGAAGCACUUUUGCAUUGUUGUCGGUUAUCAAAAUAACUUCUGUUGAUGAAAAUAAAUAAAUAGUCAAUCUAAGAAAGAAUGGAAAAUUUUAUUUGAGCCACCCUGAGGAUUAUAAUCUGGGAGACAGUCUUUCAUAAAGCUCAGAGGACUGUUCCACACAGUGGAGGUCAAAGCACAAUUAUAGUGGGUUUUUUUUUGAGACAAGGUGUUAUAUGUCGAAUAAAGUAUUGACAGUUUAACAACCCAGAUCUGCACACUCAGAGUAAGCAACGGGCCACUGUGACCCCCUACAAGACUGAGAAGGAAGGGCUGUCUCCUAAGAAGCUAUCAGGUGCUGGGUCGUCCUGCCCUGUUACAAGAUAAAGAAGGAAUGUUAAGUACUCAGGAGGGCUGGCUCACGCCCACGCACCCCGCACCCCACACACUGAAGAGGAGGGAGGAGACCUGAAGAGGCAGAGGAAGAUUUCAUGUUAAAAUUUUUUCUUGUCUUGCUAUAAAAUUUUAUUUCAUCAGUUUCCCCUUUGACUGUUAAUCUUUUGAUGGAGAGCAUUAGGUGGUCAAGUAUUUGGUCCCUCGAUGGCAGGGCGGCUGCCCCCCUGCCCUGGGUCUUCCACGUCCCUCGAUGUUAGGUGUUAACAGCCCGGUUCUCUGCUUCCCUUUAGAGGGUUGUAUGAGCACGAUGUCUGGCAAGGACUGAUGGUGAUUCCAUGUUGUCCAAUAGGACU